AUGGGUGCAGUCGGCGAGCUGGUGGGCAGCUUCUCUCACGGCUUGGAGAGCUUUGCGCACGGGUCUCAUUUCAUCCUCACGCCCCCCGGGGACUCCGGUGCUCUGAUGAACGAGCACAUCGUCUCCGCCGAGCGCCUGUCACGCAGCACUUCACCGGACCUGACGCAUCUGAAAGGGAUACUCCGCCGCCGGCAGCUCUACUGCAGAACCGGCUACCACCUCGAGAUAUUACCGGACGGAUCGGUGCAAGGCACGAGAAAAGACCACAGCAGAUUUGAGAUUGAUGGUGCUCUGAUGAACGAGCACAUCGUCUCCGCCGAGCGCCUGUCACGCAGCACUUCACCGGACCUGACGCAUCUGAAAGGGAUACUCCGCCGCCGGCAGCUCUACUGCAGAACCGGCUACCACCUCGAGAUAUUACCGGACGGAUCGGUGCAAGGCACGAGAAAAGACCACAGCAGAUUUGGUAUAUUGGAAUUCAUUAGCCUCGCUGUGGGGAUGGUGAGCAUCCGUGGUGUGGACUGCGGACUGUAUCUGGGAAUGAACAGCAAGGGCGAACUGUACGGAUCUGAAAAGCUGACAGCGGAGUGUGUGUUCAGGGAGCAGUUUGAGGAGAACUGGUACAACACUUACUCGUCUAACCUGUAUCGACACGGUGAGCGAGGAUCCCAUUAUUACGUAGCCCUCAACAAAGACGGAACGUCUCGAGAUGGAGCUCGCUCUCGGAGGCACCAGCGCUUCACGCAUUUCUUGCCUCGGCCUGUAGAUCCAGAGCGCGUUCCUGAGCUUUACAAGGAGAUACUAGGUCACAGCUGAAGCCAAUGAACCUCACUUUCAAACCCCCCAAAAAAGCACCUGCAUGCUCUUUAUCCCCCUCGGGCAAACCUGUCUCAGGAGAAAGCAGCGCAGACGAGGGGGAAAAGAGGCCCUCU